UUACAUGGAUCCUGCGUGCGAGGUCGGAAUGCUCAUGUUCCAGUGCUAAAAUUUAUUUCAUUAUCCCCCCUAACCUUGUCAUACGAAACAAAACUCUGUGUUCUGUGUAAUGCUGUCAUUGGCCUUCAAGAUCGGGGCUAUCCUCGGCCUUGCUGCCAUCCCCCCCCGAUUCAAGCCUUUGAGGGGGCAUCUUGCCGCUGUCUCCCCGGUGAUGAUUGCUGGCCUUCGACUUUAGUCUGGAAUGCCUUCAACCAGUCUGUCGAUGGACGUCUUGUGGCCACUGAACCCCUCGCCAUUCACUGCCAUGCUCCCUCGUACAAUUCAACGCAAUGUAACACUCUGAGGGAGGGCUGGCUUUUACCUAAGGAGCAUUACCAAACCUCCUCGUCUUUCAUGGCCCCGUUCUUCACAAAUGGAACAUGCGAUCCAUACCACCCCGUUUCCAAGCCAUGCACCUUGGGUAACUUCGUUCGUUACGCAGUUAACAUCUCCUCGCCUGACCAUGUUGCCAAGACUUUGAGGUUUGCGACAAGGCACAAUAUCCGUUUCAUUAUCCGCAACACCGGCCAUGACUAUAACGGAAAGUCCACUGGUGCAGGCGCUCUCUCGGUUUGGACACACCACCUUAAGGAUAUUGAGAUCAGGAACUGGAAGGACGAAUAUUACACUGGUAAGGCUAUCAAGCUCGGCGCUGGUGUCCAGGGGAUGGAGGCCCUCGAGGCAACUCACAGGCAUGGUCUUCGAGUGGUGUGUGGAGAAUGCCCUACUGUUGGAAUCGCAGGUGGAUAUAGUCAGGGAGGCGGCCACUCUUCCCUGUCUUCUAAGCAUGGACUCGGUGCAGACCAGGUUCUCGAGUGGGAGGUUAUCGAUGGCACUGGCAAGUUUCUUGUCGCAAAUCGUAACCAGAACGCCGAUCUCUACUGGGCCCUGGCUGGUGGCGGUGGUGGUACAUAUGGUGUCGUUUGGUCUAUGACCUCCAAGGCUCAUCAGGAUAGCCAUGUGUCUGGUCUAAACCUGAGUUUCACCACCGACGGUAUUUCUGACGAUAUCUUCUUCAAGGCUGUGGAGCUAUACAACACGUACUUGCCUUCUUUUGUCGAUGAGGGGAUCAUGAGUCUUAAUUUCCUCACCAACGCUUCCUUCGGCAUCACUCCCAUGACUGCACCUGGUAUUCCACUGAAGAAGCUCCAAAAUCUGGUUAAACCUUUCCUCAAUGGGCUGGAAAAGCUCGGCAUCAAAUAUAAGUACCACGCGGAGGAGUUCAGUGCUUACGUUGACCAAUUCAACGCUCAAACGCCCCUCGUCGAGGUUGGAAUCGCCCAGUAUGGUGGCUGGCUUCUCCCCCGAUUAAUGUUCGAGGGGCCCACUUCUCGCCAUGAAUUGACAGAGUCCGUUCGUACUGUCCUUUCUCACCAUGCCACCUUCACGACUGUUGGCAUCAAGGUGACCAAGGACGUCACUGGCGACGUUUACAACUCCGUGAACCCGGCAUGGCGCGAUGCUAUUGCCCACGUCGUGCUAUCCACUCCGUGGGAGUUCAACCAGCCAGAGAAGAUGCUUGAGAAGCGGAAAUUGAUGACCGACGUGCUAGUUCCUAGCCUGAGCAACCUAGCCCCCGAAUCUGGUGCUUAUCUGAACGAGGGUGAUUUCCGCCAGCCUGACUUUAAGACAGCCUUUUAUGGCAAGAGUUACGACAAGUUGCGCUCAAUCAAAGCCAAGUACGACCCACACGACCUCUUCUAUGGGCUGACUGCUGUUGGAUCUGAUGAGUGGACUGUCUCAAAUAGUGGACGGAUGUGUCCUUCUACCCGCGGCCCAGCAACAUUGGAGGGAGAACGGUAA